UGCUUCCCCGACCGUUCUUAGGAUGCUACUUAAAACGUUAGCUCGGUCAGAGUGGAGGGAGCUGUCAGCCGGGAUGGGAAUGGGUGGAAAUGAGAGCGAAACCUUGGGAGGCAGGAGUAUGUGAUGAAGACCUUGGGGGGAGGAAGCUCACGGUAUGCCUGCUUUCUCCUGAAAGCCUGAAGGCUUGUCUGCACUAAAAAGCCUAAAGAACCGCAUGUAAAAGAGGGAUAUUCCCAAGUGAUGUUUCCCACCCCCCGCGGGAUGCUCCUUCCACACCCUCACUCUGCCAUGCUCUUCAGUUUUGCUUCCCUGAGAGCCCCGGUCGCGUUCGGUCUUUGCGGUUUUCCUCGGCCGGCGGUGUGAGGCUCCAGCUCUUCCUCUCCCUCCCCAACCCGCAUCCCUGCGGCCCCCGGCGGAGGGGAAGGAGGGCGGGCGGGAGUUCUGAGCCCGUUCGGUGGGGAAAGCGGGAUGCUUCCCUCCCUCCCAACAAGCGCUGCCGUGAUUUGGCAGACGCUCGGGCUUUGGACCUGCCUCUGCGCCCUGCACUGGCUAGAUACGGCCUCGGCGCCCGGGUGGUGAUACCGGUAUCCGCCUGGUCCCGCCGCCCGGGCGCUGCCGAGGCCGGGGGGAUGAAGCUCCUGUGGCUGGGAGUGGAUGUCUCCCGGGUGCUGCACCUCGCUGCCGUGUUCUGCCUGACCUGCGUGCUGCUGAAGGCCAUCCAGCUGUACCACAGGCGGCGGGAGCUGCUCAGAGCGCUGGCCGACUUCCCCGGACACCCGACACACUGGCUCCUGGGUCACGUCCAUGAGUUUCUCAAGGACGAAGAGGCGCUGGACAAGGCAGAGACCUGGGCACAGAAGUACCUAUACGCUCACCCUGUCUGGUUUGGGAGAUUCUCGGCAUUCCUGGUUGUCACCGAUCCCGACUAUGCCAAAGCUCUGCUGUCCAGAGGAGAUCCCAAGGAUAACCUCAGUUAUAAAUACCUUCUCCCAUGGAUAGGGAAAGGGUUGCUGAUCUUACAUGGGCCAAAAUGGCACCAGCAUCGAAGACUCCUGACUCCGGGGUUUCAUUACGACAUCUUGAAACCAUACGUGACCCUGAUGGCAGAGUCUACUAAUGUGAUGCUGGAUAAAUGGGAACAGCUGAUCACAGAUGGGAAACCGGUGGAGCUCUUUGAGCACAUCAGCUUGAUGACUCUCGACAGCAUCAUGAAAUGUGCCUUCAGUUGUCACAGCAACUGCCAGACCGACAGGAAAAACACCUACAUCCAGGCUGUCUAUGACAUAUGCCACAUGGUGCACCAGCGCCUCAGCAUCUUCCCCUACCACAAUGACAUCAUUUACUGGCUCAGCCCCCAUGGAUUUCGGUUCAGGAAGUACUGCCAGAUCGCUCAUGACCACACAGACAAGGUGAUCCACGAGCGAAAGGAGUCCCUUAAAGAUGAACAGGAAUUUGAAAAGAUCCAGAAGAAGAGACAUUUGGACUUCUUGGACAUUCUGCUGUGUGCCAAAGAUGAGAAUGGAGCUGGACUGUCUGAUGAGGACCUGCGUGCCGAGGUGGACACGUUCAUGUUUGAGGGCCAUGAUACCACAGCCAGUGGCAUCUCCUGGCUCUUCUACUGCCUGGCGUUACACCCCGAGCACCAGGCACGGUGCCGGGAGGAGAUCCAGGGGAUCCUGGGGGAGCGGGAGACUCUUCAGUGGGAGGACUUGGGCAAGAUGACUUACAGCACCAUGUGCAUCAAGGAGAGCCUUCGCCUUUACCCGCCAGUGCCUGGUGUGUCCCGGCAGCUCAGCAAACCCAUCACCUUCCCUGAUGGACGCACCUUGCCAGAAGGCAGCAUCGCUGCGAUAAGCAUUUAUCUCAUUCACAGAAAUCCUGCAGUGUGGAAGGACCCUUCGGUGUUUGACCCUUUGCGGUUUUCCCCGGAGAACAUCUCUGGCAGACACUCUCACGCCUUUCUGCCUUUUUCUGCUGGAAUAAGGAACUGCAUCGGGCAGCAGUUUGCCAUGUAUGAGAUGAAGGUGGCUCUGGCCUUGACCCUGCUCCGCUUCGAGCUCUUGCCUGAUCCUGCCAAGCCUCCCUGCAAAAUACCCCACAUCAUUCUUCGCUCCAAGAACGGGAUUCACCUGUAUCUAAAGAAAAUCCGCUGAUGCUGGAAAACAUCCUGUCUCUGAUGGAGGGAGGGACCAAGCAGAUGACGGGACAACGUUUCUCUGGGGCAAAAGGUGCAGGGCAGGAUUUGGGGAUGAAGAUUUCUGAUUUCUGUGCCUCUUCUACCAGCUGAAAACCCUUUUCAGCCUGAGACCAGCUAGCCUGGAUGGUAUUGCACAGACCCAUUGCCAUUGGCUCUGCGAGCACCAAUCUCAGUGCAGCCACACGUGGCUGGGCCUCUGUGCUGGCUAUUCCCUUGCCCUGCUGUAAGGGAAGAUCCCACCAGCUUCCUCUUUACCAAAUCCUGCCUUUGCACUCAUGUCCUGGCUGAAUCCAUGAUUGUUCCCAGCCCUGCACCAUUGUCAGCACCUUCCUCAGUGCCUAGAGGUCUGCCCUCCUCUCCUGCAGCAGGGACAGCCUGUGGCAGACCUCUGUCUCUCUUUUCACACUCAAUGUAAUUCUAUUUUGUUGAAAACACUGUUUCCAGUUUGGGCUCAGAAAUUCUGCCUAAACUGCAAAAUACUCUGUAAUUUUUGUGUUAAUAAACCAAUAAUUAUUCCUGUGA